CUGGAAGCUACUAUAAAACCUGAUCAGGUCCUUUACUCUUUGAUUUCGUAGUUUGAUACUCUCGUUCAAAACCAAAAGAACAGUUUCAACAUCUUUUUGAAGAAAAUCCCAAUUGAAUUAUAUCGAACUAAAUCCAUGAAAGAUGUCCCAACAACAGCUUCCUCAUCUCUACAGUAGCAAUAGCACUAACAAUAACAUUAACAGCCAUAGCAACAUUAGUAAUCUUCCGGUCAGUGAAGUUUACUGGUCACUGGUAGCAAAGGCUGAUAAGAAGUUCUCCAAGAUCAGAGAUUUACCCUACUACCAACGUAAUAGAUACGAUUCGUACUUUUCUAAAGUUUUUAAGAUUUAUACACAACUGUGGAAAUUUCAACAAGAGAACCGUCAGAAACUGGUGGAAGCAGGUUUGAAAAGAUGGGAGAUUGGCGAUAUUGCUUCUCGAAUUGGCCAGCUUUAUUUUGGGCAGUAUAUGAAAACAAGCGAGGCUAGUUACCUAUCAGAAUCUUAUAUAUUCUACGAGGCAAUAUUAACAAGGGAGUAUUUCAAGGAUGGGAUGUUUCAAGACAUUAAUAUCGCUUUCAAGCAGUUAAGAUUUCUGGCUCGGUUUUUGACGAUUUGUUUGGUGUUAAAUCGUCGAGAAGUGGUGUAUCAGUUGGUAAAUCAACUCAAAAUGCUUCUUGAUGAGUGCAAGAGAACAUUCCAGGAAACUGAUUUCAAAGAGUGGAAGCUGGUGGUUCAAGAAAUAGUUAAAUUUCUUAAAGCCGACACAAGUUUCAUGAAUUUGAGGCCGGUAAGAUAUAGUGUAGUGCUGGAUCUUCAUCCAGAUUCUAUGCCAAAUGCCAUACAGGCAAAGAGAAAGCUGAAGCUACGAGAUGCUUUGUUGUGUAGCUACCACCCUCACGAGGUGAAAUUCUCAGAACUCACUCUUGACACUUUCCGAAUGCUACAAUGCCUGGAGUGGGAGCCCAGUGGUUCUUUCUACCAGAGGAGUACUGCUCCUUCCGGAACUGCUCAGAAUGGGGCUCUAGGGCCUAGUCGCAUGAACUCUUCCCAGGAUAUGAUUGAUCCUACUUUGCCUCCCAAUCCACGUAAAGCUAUCUUAUAUCGACCAUCUGUUACACAUUUAGUUGCUGUGUUAUCCACAAUGUGCGAGGAGCUUCAACCUGACGGUAUUCUCUUGAUAUACCUUUCGGCUUCAGCUGAUAAAGGAAUCAGUGGACAGAAUAUGUCAUCUCCACUCCAAACAGGAACGACAAUAGUGAGUAAUGAAAGUAGCUUCCAGGGUCAUCAGUCUAAUUUUACGCACUCUGGAACUGCCUCGACAUACUUGUUAAACUCUGAAAGUGAUCACAUAAAUCCUAUCUCUGCUCAAAGUGAAGCACACUGCUUAACUAACCAUGCCGGAUCAUUAAAUAUUGGUGGACGUGGAACUGGAGGUUCCAAAUGCAUUUAUCCCUGUGAUUUAAUCCCAUUUACAAGGACUCCAAUCUUCCUCGUGAUUGACAGUGACAUCAGCAGAGCGUUCAAGGUUAUAUCUGGAUCAGAAAAAGGAGAGCCGGUUGCCAUACUCCUAUCUCCCACUUCUCCAUUGCCCAUACCUGUGACGGAGUCCUCUCGCCAGCCAAGUGGAAGUACUUUGACCAUUUUUCUUGCAGCUCCUUUGCAGGCUUUCAUUCUUCUACUUGGUUUUACGAGCUCUGACAUUGACAUGGAUGUAUACAACAAGGCCGAUGAGCUACUUUCAUCAUCAUUAACUCAUUGGGGAUCACUACUAGCUCUGUCAGAUGACCUUAAUCCUGUUUGGGCACAAAUUUUAGGUGAUCCAUUCCUUAGGAGACUCAUUUUGAGAUUCAUAUUUUGUCGAGCAGUCCUCGGCUUGUAUGCCCGAACAUCUGGACAGCUACAAUUUCUGCCUGAAUGCACUCCUGAACUUCCUGAUACUUUUCUCCCAAGUGGUUCGACUUGUCAAACAACAGUUUUACAACUCGCUGACAUGUUUGGUGCUGCCAAUAGGUUCACAUUUACAGAAGUGGUUCUUCCAGAAACAGGAAACACCAAGGACUAAAUUCUACCAUCAUUGUAAAAAAGAAAUAGUGCCGGAAAUGGUUAAUGUAAAUUUUUGAACAUAUUGGUCAAUCAUUUCUUUUUUCCAUCCAUACAUCAGGAACGAGAUCUAUAAUUUUUUCUUUUCUUUUUGUGCAUUAGUACUUUGUUUUAGUCCGAACAAAUUGCGAGUGAGAACUUGGUUAUGGUCUUAAGCUUUUUGCAGUUUGCUAACUAGUUCGUCAGCUUCCAAACCUGUUAAGAUCUUUGAUUGAGCUUUCAUUUAUAUGGAAAACUUACAUUGAAAAGAUAUUAUAAUUGGCAUCUUUGUAAUGCUGCUUAAUUGGCA